GGAAGCCUGUGUAAUUAUUUCCUAGCUAUGAUUGUAGAGGAACGGUGAUUUUUUGUUUUUACAGUAAAUUUACAUUGUUCAGUUAGUUGUUGAUUAGUAUUGAAUUUAUUGGAAUUAAGACAAAUAAUGAUGUUAUAAGACUUGACAAAAUCAAUCGUUGAGCUGUGAUAACUUUUACAUUCUGUGCAAUGAUAUCAGACGACUCACAAGGUAAUUGAUUCAGGGAAAGAUAAUCCACCACAUUCCAUUAUGAAUAGUACGGACUAUUUCUACGUAUACUGUGACGAAACUGGGAAGAACGAUUCCGACAAUGAUACAGAAACAUCGGAAGAGAAGCUUAACAGAACGGCCAUAACAACAUUUUUGGUAUCUUCAUAUACCAUUAUUUGCAUUGCCGGUCUGAUUGGAAAUGCGUUAGUUAUUUAUGUCGUUCUACGUUUUGCCAAAAUGAAAACUGUGACUAACUUGUACAUAUUAAAUCUUGCUGUUUCCGAUGCGAUGUUUCUAAUUAGCUUACCAUUUCUUAUCACAACUACUGUUUUAGAACACUGGAUAUUUGACACAGCCAUGUGUAAGAUAUAUUUUGUAUUAUACUCCAUCAACUUCAUAACAAGCGUUCUAACAUUAACUGCAUUGAGUGGUGAUCGAUAUCUUGCCGUUUGUCAUCCCGUAUCUUCGGGGCGUUACCGGACAACUAAAAUCGCUUUCUUUGUCUGUCUCUUGAUCUGGUCCCUUUCAUUUUUUGUGAUGCUACCAAUAAUCUUGUAUUCAACAACGAUUCCAAAUCCAAAAGACAACUCACACGACACCUGUACUGUGAAAUGGCCGGAAGACCAACUGAUACCUCCAGAAAAGGCAUUCACCUGGUACACUUUCUUACUUGGAUUUGCGAUACCUGUUUCCUUGAUCUUUGUUUUUUACCUAUCGGUUGUGCUGAAUUUGUCCUGCAUCGGUCCUGGCAUGCGUACUGCAAACAAAAAACGAUCACGACGUAAGGUAACACGCUUAGUGUUUGCAGUUAUAGGUGUCUAUAUUUUAUGUUGGUUACCGCAUUGGGUAUUCCAAGUAAAUCUUACAUUUCAACCACAGGAUUAUAGACUGAAAGAUUGGGAGAUAUACCUUUUUAAUGGUCUUACAGUUUUGACGUACGCUAACAGUAUGUUAAAUCCUUUACUGUAUGCGUUUUUGAGUGAUAACUUUCGACGUUGUUUUCGCAAGGCUUUCAAGUGUGCUGAAAAUCCUGACGCCGAACGGCGGUUGACAAUCGAGAAUAGUGUUUUACCAAAGAAGAGUAGUAAGAAGAAAAAAAUCAAAAAAGAUGUACCUUCUGUUAAAACCAAAGCAAAAUAUGAACUGGCGACACUGACAACAGCUAUAGGAAGUGCCUUAAUAUUACCAAACGAUGGCCUUCUACAUCCCUCUCACCAAGAAACAACGAGCCUGUAUGUUGAUAAAGAAAUUCAGACAAGUUAAAGAUUCACUGUAUAGGAUAGACGUCACUAUGUAAACAUACAAAACGUUUAUCUAAUAACGAGCAUUUGAACACUUCAAACACUUAACCAUUGGUUUUAUAUUUACACCAAAUCAUACAGUAACAUGUGUUGAGUAAGGUGUCAAUUAGUUAUUUAGAUUUAAAUUGCAUACAUGUUGAAGUGCAUCGUACGUAAUAUGCAUGGGUUAUAGACAUGUGUAACCUUUAAAAACAUUUCGUUAACUUGAUUUGCUUAAAAUAAGAAAGUUUGAAAGAAAGACCGAUGACAAAGGAAUCACUAUCUUUUGUAUUGUUUAUAUUAAACAAACAAGGUAUUAAAGAGGUACACUAUAAUAUCACUUUUAUGCUGAUUUUUUUUUGUUCAUCAAAUUAAAAUCGAGACAUUAUGAAACCUAUUGUAAUUUGAAUAUUCAAGAAUUAUGGUUACAUUUACUACAAAUUAACGAGUUUUAAACAAUUCUACACAUAUCAAUGAAAUACAAGUAUUGUCUAGCGCUAAAUAUUGUUGUUGAGAACACAGUUAUUAUACAAAUCCAAAAAAGUUAUUAGACUGUUUCUCAUCACUUAGCACCGAUCAUCGGUCUCUUGUACAAAAUAAUAGUUUCCUCCGAGAUCACUUGCCCAAUUGGAACCAAUCAUUUGUGGAAUAUAAUGAUUGGAAUAUGUCUUUUAUUGGCCUGCCAACCACCAUGCCAAAAAAAAAAACCAUCAGGAAUAAACCAGUAUUGUUCAUAAUCUUUCGAACUGUUGUGAUAAAAAGUACUGACAAUACUACAUACUGAAAUAAACGUCAACCUGUUUUUUUGUAAAAAUAAAAUAAAAAAAAGGAUUUAUUUAAUCAGCAGGUCGACUUAGCUUUAUUCAUUUUAUUUCAUUAGAGGACCUUCUUUGGAAUGACAGGUACUUUUUUUUUUUUAUGAAAAACAGCUUUUUAAAACCACAUAUGAGAAACUUGUGGAUUCAUCAUUCUAUGUUUUUCCUGUCCUUUUGUGUAUUUAACGCUUAAUUCGACAUUUUUUUUAAAAACUAGAACGAAACCAAUUUCACAACACUUAUUAAACGAGAAAAAGAGUACACAUGAGCACCUUUUACAUAUGAA